AUGUCAUCGUUCACAGCCCAACGCAAAAUGACGAGCGCACUCUCGCCCUCCAUGGUCAACAUCCAGGCUCCCUUUGCAGAUGCCGGUCAUCUCAAACCAACCAAGCCCCUUUCGCAAUCUCGCACGUCUUCUCCAUCGCCUCAGAAGAAGCAGCGACACGUGUCGUCGCCCAAGAAAUCUUCUACCCUUUCCAAGGCACGAGGCUCCUUCAAGCGCACCUCUAGCACAGCCAGCAUCAUGGACGCUGUCAUGAACUCGAGAGCUGCCACCGACCACGACGCCGUUCCUGUUUAUGGCCUUGGAACGUCUGUUUCCAGCAAAGACCUCCCCGACUUUGGCCGUUCAUCCCCCUUCGCGUCCUCAUCUCAGACUACGCUCGCCGAUCUCGAGAGCGACGAGGUCGCCAAAGUGCUCUCUACGCCUCGUCGCGGAAAGCGUGUGGGCAAUGUCCACAUGGGAUGGGAAUCGCCCCUCGGCGACCGUACUCCCACGGCUGCUUCCGUCGCAGUGGCUUCCGUCCCUCACACGCUGCCCAAGGUCCAGGCUCGCUCGUCUCGCCCUUCGACCAGCUCUGCACCCGACGCUUCACCAAGCAAGCGCAAAGCAUCCACCGCCUUUGCAUCCGAGCUGCGCACUUCGCAGCGUAGCCUCGUCGAUACCGCUGGCUGGGCUUCCGCCGCCAUGAUCAGCUCCGUGCCCCUCUCGGAAGAUCGCAGCAAGAGUUCCCCUGGUUUCUCGCCGCGUUUCGUCUCAGAGCCCGUGUUGACUGGACUCGUUCCGGCAGAUGCGCGCGAUCCAUUCUCGGCGUUCAUCAACGAUGACUCGCCCAUCAUCGACCAGACCGCCAGACUUGUGCCCAUCGAGGUGCAAGGUCUCGGCCGCGUUGCAGUCCACCGCGAUCUUGCGCAGCAGAUCUCGGAUCACCCUCCUACGUCCACUCAUUUUGCGUCGAGACGAUUCUCGGCCUCGUCCGAUCGCGAUGCUGCACUGCUUCGCGGAUCCGACUCGGAAGACUCGGCAGCACGAAGCGAAAAUGGCUCGUCUACCGACCCCACCUCGGCGGGUACACCUUGUCCAUCGGGUGUAUCGCCCAGCUUCUCACUGUCUUCGCAGUUCCCCGCUUCGGAGCCCGUUUCGCCUGUCAAGAAGAUGACAACCUCGUCCAACCGAGACUCGGACGACAUUGGCGUUGAAGCUCAAAAGGCUUUGAUGGCUCUCAUGCGAAUGGAGCCUGUCGACGCCGUCAAGCAGCACGAUGACAAGCACUACCGUCCCCGACUCGGCGGAAGCAGUGCCAGCGGCAGCAGCCCUAUCUCAAGCACCAAGCUGCCCACGCUCGACUGGCCCGACUGCCCCGACGGACCCUGGUCCGUUGCUGGUCGCCACAUUGACGAGCUCAAGCAGAAACGCCGCCAGGGCAUCCAGCGCUGGCUCGAAGCCGAGUCGAGCGACGAGGCCGAGACCGAACUCAAGGAGCCUUCCGGCGAAGCAGCAUUCCGUCACCACCCUAUGGUCGCCAAAGCGUUGCUCGACCGUGCGCGCAGGCAGCAACGCGCCCAGCUUUCGGCCGCCGCCGCCGUCGACGCUGCAGCCAGCACGCCCACCCCUGCCAAGCGAGGCAGAAAGCCAAAACAACUUGUGCGCGUCGCAGAGACGCCGACGAAGCGUCGCGGUCGCAAGCCAAAGACGUCGUCUGCGUCUGUCGCCAGCUCGACGCGCAAAUCGGUCGCGACAGGCGCCUCGUUGGCGCGCUCCAACACUAGCGCCAUCUUUGGCUGCAAGUGCGGCAUCGACGACGACUCGAUCAUCAUGGUCCAGUGCGACGGAUGCAGGCAUUGGCUUCACCUGCCCUGUGUCGGCGUCAACACGGUCAAUGACCUGGACGACGAAUGGUUCUGCGACGACUGCUGCGAGGCCGCGCUCACGGAACACUUGUCGCCCGCCUCUUCCAUGCCCACCUCGAUCUCGUCGUACGCGCAUCUCAGCACACCCGAGGCGCUCGAGGCUGUGCUGUCGGGUCAAGAGCCCGUCUUCACGUUGCCGAGCGGCACGCCCAUUCACCGCCACGGUGUUGCGGUCUCUUCUUCGAUCGCACUGGCUCCGAGCCCGCCUCUGUUGUCCGUUGGCGACCGCGGUGGACGAAGCACCGUCAAGCGCCAGGGCCAGGGACGUUCGCGUGCCGAGCGUGUAGGCUGGAGGAUGAACGAGCCCGGAUCGCCCUUGGCUCGCAAGAGUACCACCGCUUCGUCUGGCGUUCGACCAGCCGUGCCCGAUACUCCUUCCAGAUCGAGCGAAGCCACCGUCGACUUUACGGACGCCAGCACCACGCCCAGCCUUCUCGCCGGCUUCUCGCGUGCUGACUGGGAGCCCACGCGCGCUCAUCAGAGGUCGGAACGCCAGACCACCCCCCCGCGCAUGGUCGGUGUCAGCACGCCCAGCCGUCACGCUUCCGGACGCAAGCCAAGUCACUCGGGCCCACUCUCGUUGGGUCUCGGGGACGACGAGGGCGUGCACGCAGAUCUCUUUUCGACGCCGUCGCGGCUCGCAUCUGGAAGCGCGUGGGCCUACCGCGCGGGUGCUCAGCCCCUGGGCAGUCAGACACCCUCGCGAUCAGGCGGUCGCCACCAGCGUGUCGACUCGUUCAGCGGUGGCCUGCUCUCCACUCCUGGUCGCGACUUCCUUUCAGGCGCUUUCGGCACCGAGCCUUCCACCAGCAUGCCCAGCCUGGUGUACAGCAGCGGCUACGGUGACACCUUCGAGGACCACCUCGGCAGCGAAGCGUUCUACAGCGGCAGCAACAGUCGAGCCUGGCAGAUGCAAUCGCCCACCUCGAGCACGCGCGCAGUCCGCGCGCGCCAACCGUCCGGACUCGGCACGCCCUGGUCGAGCUCGCUGCUCAGGACGCCCGAGUUGCAGCCUCGUCAGCCCACCACGUCCUCGAUGCGCGCCGGAGGCAGAUUCGACGCGAGCGACGAUUUCCCGCCCUCGUCCUCGCCCUUCCCUCGCACGCCGACGUUCGACAUGAGCAGCCCUCGCUUCAUGAACCACCACCACCACCACCACCAUCCCACUUCGCACGCAUAUGGCGGACACGAACGUCAACCCAGCCAUCUCGGAUUGGGUCUGCCGUCAACGACAGGCUCGUCUGCUCGCCUCCACAAGGCCAUCUCGAACAGCAGGGACAACCGCUCGUUGAGCAUCUCGAGUGCUAGCGCGGGCAAGCACCGUCAGGUCUCGACGGAUGUGCCGAUGGGGUUGGGGAUCGGGUUGGAUCUGGACGAUGUGUUGGAUUGGUCUUGA